GUGGCUCUGGGUUCUGCGGGGCUGCGGGGCUGCGGCGCUGCUCUCUCCGGGUCUCACCUCCCGCGCGGUGCACCGUUUCCAGGCGGCGACGAGCCUGACUUAAAAUAUCUCCAAUGGCUAACGAAGCUCACCCUUGUCCCUGUGACAUUGGCCACAAGAUGGAAUAUGGAGGCAUGGGGCGUGAGGUUCAAGUUGAGCACAUCAAGGCUUAUGUCACCAGAUCCCCCGUCUAUGCUGGCAAAGCCGUGAUCGUCAUUCAAGAUAUAUUUGGCUGGCAGUUGCCCAACACCAGAUAUAUAGCUGACAUGAUUGCAGCAAAUGGAUACACGACCAUCGUUCCAGACUUCUUUGUAGGGCAGGAGCCAUGGCACCCCUCUGGGGACUGGUCCACCUUUCCGGAGUGGUUGAAAACAAGAAAUUCCAGAAAGAUCGAUAAAGAGGUUGAUGCUGUCCUGAGGUAUCUGAAGCAACAUUGUCAUGCCCAGAAAUUUGGCGUCGUGGGAUUCUGCUGGGGAGGGGUUGCUGUCCAUCACAUUAUGAUGAAGUACCCAGAAUUCAGGGCAGGAGUGUCCCUCUAUGGCAUCGUGAAGGAUUCUGAGGACGUGUACAGUUUGAAGAACCCAACGCUGUUCAUUUUUGCAGAAAACGAUGCUGUGAUUCCUCUUGAGCAAGUCUCUUCACUGACCCAGAAGUUGAAAGAACACUGCAAAGUGGAAUAUCAAAUUAAAACAUUUUCCGGACAAACUCAUGGGUUUGUGCAUCGAAAGAGAGAAGAUUGUUCACCUGAAGACAAGCCCUAUAUUGACGAGGCAAGAAGGAAUUUACUCGAAUGGCUGAACAAGUAUAUUUAGCAGUGGCCAGUGCAAACUUUUCUCAAGAUAGCUUUUGUCCAGAAAUUGGCUUUGAAAUACUUAGAUCGUUUCAUUUAAUUUCCACUUUGGAAUCCUGAAAUUCAUGAUUUCAACUGCAACUCAGAUUCAGUAGGAAAUGUUAAUGUAUGAAAUAGUUUAAUUUUAAUAUGUACCUAAAUAAAACAAUUAAAAUAGGUUAGUACCUGAAGAAUUAGACUGACAGAGUAAUAUCCUAACUAUUAGUAAACACCUGGGACCAGCUGAUAUCUCAGGUGUGGCCUUUAUGGUCUUUAAUGGAGGAUGUCUCUUAAAAUGACUAAUGUUGUAAAGCCAUGAAAACAUGAACUGUAAACUCAGGUGGAUUAAAAGCCCAGUUUAAUUAGAUGUUUAUCUUUGUCUUAAUACAGAUGAAUUUCAUGUUCAUAUAUUGCACUAUGAGAAAGAUUAACAUAGGGUUCUAUGGGCCUAAUUACAUCAAGCUAAU